CGGUUAUCCGUUACGUAAAGGUGGAGAAAACUCAAAUGUGAAGGUUACUGAAGUUAAUUGGCAGCUGCAUUUUGCUGAAAUGGAGUAUUCUGAUGACGAGGUGUUAUUUGAAGAUGCCAGUGAUCAUGGCUUUGAAGACCACCUACAAAUGGAUUUUCCAGGAACUCAGCCUGUUCAAUCAAUUCAGGAGAAAACUGCCACCGUCACAGAUGUUCCUGCACCAUGUGAAUUUCGUGUCCACUCCUGUGGAGCCAGUUCUGUGUCCCUUGUUUGGGAGGCCCCUGACAGCAUAUCAAAGUUUGUGCUGACUUGCUCCAGUAGCACAUUUUCACGCACGCAGACCAUCUUAAAUUCCUGUUCCACUGAGGUGGCAGAUCUCAGACCGGGGAGUGAGUAUACGUUCAUCAUUGUCGCAGUGACAGAAAGUGGAGACCAGAGUCCAGGCGUUGCAGUUACUGCAUGGACAGAUCCAGUCCCACCUGAAAACAUUAAGGUUGAGGGUGUAGAUGACUCUUCUGUUACUCUUACCUGGGAGGCUCCUGCCUUUAGAAAUCGUGCCAGCUAUCACGUGGCCUGUUGCCAAGAUGGAAAAACUAUUCAAGAAGAGAAAACGGAAUCCAGCACAAUUGUUUUCAGCAAACUGAGGCCAGGAAAUAAGUACAUAUUCAAGGUUGUAACACAGCUUCCUAAUAGCAGGAGAAGUAAGGAGGCUGUGAAAUUUGCACGCACUCAAACCAGUUUGGAGAAGCUCCUGCAGGUUUUGGGGUUGAAGGAGUAUUAUCCUAACAAGCUUUCACUGAGCACUGUGCUGGAAAUAGACACGAGGACAGUGACAGAUGACCCAGCCCAGUCUCUGUCUGCUUUAUCAUGGCUUUUUCUGAAGAAACUGAUGAUGGUAAAUGUCACUGCACGAAGUGUCAAAUGUGUUUCACCAACUGAUGAGAGCGAGGACUCAUUAAACAUGGAUAUUUAUGGAGAUCUGGAGAGGUUUGAUCUUAAUGAGGACUAUAGUCAGAGAGUAAACCCUUUAGAUAUUGUGACUGCUCUCUUUCUUUGCGCAGAUGGUUUUCUCCAACAGGAAAUGGCUUUGAAAAUGUCAAUGUGUCAGUUCUCUGUGCCUCUGCUUCUUCCCCACUGUGACUCAGAGCAGAGCACACUCAUGCUUUGGGCCUUGAGAGACAUUGUGAAGAAGUUUAGACCACACUCCUUAUCUGAUCCCAGAGGGUUUGUGGAAGAAAGGAUUAUUGAAACUAAGCUACCCUUAGUGUCCUUUGUAAGACUUGGUGAUUGCAGCAUUUCCAAAUCUCAAGUUCUGAACAAGUUGCUGAGUAAUCCACAGCAGUACCAUGACACCUUCAUACACCAUGACAUGGACUGUGGAGAUGUACCAAGGAAAAUUUCAAAUGGCUUGGUGGAGCUUAGUUGGUAUCUGCCAUGUGGAAACAAAAACAUUGACAUCUUUCCUGAACCUGUGGCUGUUGCAAACUUAAGAGGAGACAUUGUCAAAUAUGACACUCAGUAUUCAUUCCUUUGUCAGACAUCUACUGCAGUUUUUGUGUUCUUUGACAACUUGGAUUCAAGCCACAACACACUCACUACUCAACAUGUUAAAACUCAGUUUUAUUUGGUGGCUAAUGCAAAUACAAAAUCCUUUAACAUGGAACUGUUGAAAAGUACUGCUAGUAAAAUGAACUUGAAAAAAAGCAACGUCAUUUUAAAGACCAAACAAAACGAUGCUGACUUUGUCAAAUAUCUACGAUCUGUGAUGAAUGAUGUUGUCAGCAAAACACCUAUAAAUAUGCAACUGGAAGAGGUUGCAUGUGAGUUUGGAAUCCUGGUUGAUGAAGACAUCAAAGAAUGUCAGAAAGCUAAAGAAAAUGCUGAUGCAAUCACAGUGAAAAUCCAAGACACACUGAAAUUCAAAGAAGGUCAGUUGCCUUUGCAAGGUGAGAUCUGGAAAAAGUUGGCAAAGUUGGAGAAAGAGGAGUGUAGACUUCGAAAAGCUAGAAACCAGAAUAUUGAGAAUUAUAAGAGUGAACUCCAGGAGGAGAAGAGAGAACUCCGGAAGAAGCAGAACAACUAUGAAAUGUCUGAAGCCAUGAUCUACUUCAUAGCUGCUCUGUCAAGCUCAAGGCUGGAGAGGGCCUACUUCUUAAAAUGGAUGCGAAUGAAUCUGGAUAAUCUGACCCGUGAAAAACUCACUGGUCUCAGAGAGCAUUAUAAGGAGAAAUGCCAAGAAUCAUCUGAGAAUAAGGAGGAGAUUGCAGUACUUGAUAGACAAAUCUCAAACAGUGCUUUAGGAAUUGAGCACUUUUUGAGAGAAAUGGGUCAGUUUUAUGAAGCUGCAGUGUCUCUUUCAGAAAAUUCACAAUCGCGACAACAAAUGCAACACUUACCAAGACUGUGUGCCGAGCUGUUGUUAGAUGGUUUUCCUCUUGAGCUAGUCGAUGGAGAUGCUUCAAAUAUACCUCUAAGAUGGGUGAGUGAUGUACUGUUUCAGUUGAACACUUUGGUGCAGCCCAAGAACAAGAUCAAGGUGAUCACAGUCUUAGGAGUUCAGAGCACUGGGAAGUCCACCCUGCUAAACACAAUGUUUGGGGUCCAGUUUGCAGUCAGCAGUGGGCGAUGUACAAGAGGAGCUUUUAUGCUGUUAAUCAAAAUCACAGAGAGCUUAAAAAAUGAAUUUUGUUGUGAUUAUUUAGUGAUCAUUGACACCGAAGGGCUGAAAUCCCCAGAACUGGCGCAACUGAAUGACAGCUAUGAGCAUGACAACGAGCUAGCCACGCUCGUUGUUGGACUGAGUGAUGUCACAAUCAUCAAUAUUGCCAUGGAGAAUUCCACUGAGAUGAAGGACAUUCUGCAGAUUGUGGUCCAUGCCUUCCUCAGGAUGAAGGAAGUGGGCAAGAAACCCAAGUGCCUGUUUGUACACCAGAAUGUAGCAGAUGUUUCAGCCCAUGACAAGAACAUGAAAGACCGCAAGCUUCUGUUGGAGCAACUGAAUGAAAUGACAGAGGCAGCAGCCAAAAUGGAAGACAAGGAUGACUAUAAGAAGUUCACUGAUGUGUUGGAGUAUGAUUCAGAGACUGGGAAUUGGUACAUACCUGGACUCUGGCAUGGAAAUCCUCCAAUGGCACCAGUAAAUGCUGGGUAUUCUGAAGCCAUCUAUGACUUCAAAAAGAACCUGAUUGGUGUUCUCAAAAACUGUGAAUACAUGACACAAGGAAACAGUAUAACAGAAUUUCUAGAGUGGACAAAAAGCUUAUGGAAUGCAGUGAAAUAUGAGAAUUUCAUAUUCAGUUUUAGGAAUAGUCUAGUAGCAGAUGCAUACAUGAAGUUGUGCACAGAAUUCAAUAAAUGGGAAUGGUGCUUCAGAAAGUGCAUGUACAACUGGUUAACAACUACUGAAACAACAAUGUCUAAUUUUCAGAUAAUGAAAACUAAGUUCGAAAAUACAGACAUCCAAGAUUAUCUCCAAAAAAUGAAGCAAGAAGCCUCCUUGGAGCUUGACAGAGGUGAAAAGACCAUUUUGGAUAAUUUGGCAGGCUACUUUGAGCAAACAGAGGGCCAUGUCUACCUUGUUGAGAGAUACAGAGAGGACUUUAAAAACAGUGCAAAAUGUCUCAGACGGGAACUUCAGAACUCUGUGCUAACGGAACUGAAAUCAAUAUUUGAUAUCAGGAGAGGAAUGGACAAGUUGGACAAAAUCAAGAAAACUCACACAGAAAUGAUGGAACAAAAAGUGCUGAAUCUGGUGGAGGAGUUCAAAAAGGACAAGUCUUCAAAGUCUGAUGAGGAGCUUGAAAAGAUAUUUGAAGGAAUUUGGCAGCAGACACUUAACGAGCUGAGCUUCGAAGGACUGCAGAAAAAAGACAUUUUUAGUCUCGUAUUAGGAGAAUUGCGUGAAAAUCUAAAGCAGAAGGGAAGUUCAUUGCAAGAAAAAAUUAAUAAAGUUAAACUUGAACAGUGUGGGGAUGGCCACUUCAACAUGAAGGAAAAGGGGCUAUUCAAUAAAGUGAAGGGCCUUUUUUACGCUGAAAAUACAAGAAACAUCCAAGAGAUGGCAAACAAUCUUAUUGUGGCAUGCAGCCAGUUCGUAAUGGAAAAGGUUAAUAAGAAAUGUGAUUACCAUGAGACUUAUAUCCAGGAGAUACUGAACAUGACUGAUGAAAGAUUAAAAACCAACAAGAAUCUUGGGUUUACUCAGAACUUUGAGCUUGAUUUAAAGCUACACAUUUGUGGCUUUGCUGCAAGAAAAUUCAUGGAAAUGCAUGAUUCGUACAUAAAAGAUAAUGACCCUCGCAGAUGUCUUGAACAGUUCAAACACAAAUACUGCACUGAUUUCAAAGACCUGUUCAACGAUCGUGAUCAGUGUCAGAGGAAAGCUGAAGCAUUCACAAACCUCUGCUUGAGUCCUGCAGUGGAAGCCUACAUCUCCAGCUCCUUGGGGACAGACAUUGUUGAUGUGAUGCUACAAGGACAGAAUGCUCUUCAGUUCAGCACUCGAGCCUUUUUUCAGUACUCAGUCUUAAAACAGCUUCUCACUGAGAGCAAUUUUGAAAAUUAUGUGAAAUAUAUUUGCUCAUAUGAAUGCUUUGUCAAGGAGUGGAUACAGGAUCAAAUUACCAAACAGCUCUCAAAGGGAAGCAAAAUGAAUGAGUUAGAGGAACAUCACCUCAAAGGAAUCACCAAGGAGAUAAUUCAGGUCAUCACAAUGGCACAAAAUGACACAUCUGACAAUGGAAUUAAAGGAUUUAUCAGUAAUAUCUGUGUUAAUCUUGGACAGAAGCUCAUUAUUCCCAAAGAUGCACUGGAAACAGUCACAGUUUUCAGCAGGGCAAAUACAGAAUCAUUUGUUCACUGGCUAAGAAAAUCUGUGGAAGAAAUGGAGGAAUCACUAAAGACAAAGUUGAAGCAUGGAGACAUUCAGAGCAAACUGAGAAAACUGAGAGUCAAACCGCAGAAUGAGUUGUUCAGGCGUGUCUUUGGCUGUGGGGUACAGUGUCCAUUCUGCAAGGCACCUUGUGAGGCAGGAGGGGAGGCACACAAAGAUCACUGUGCCUCAAUACAUAGACCUGAAGGACUUGGAUGUUACAGGUUUGACAACUCUAAGAAAUUAGUAACUGACAUCUGUUCUACAAGUGUGAACAGUGAAACACAGUUCAGGUGCCUAGAAACUGGUAAUCAGUAUCAUCCUUAUAAGAGAUACAGGGAAAUAUUUCCCAACUGGCAUAUUCCUGCAGAUCCCAGCAUACAAGCUGCAGACUACUGGAAAUAUGUGAUAACAAAAUUCAAUGACCAGUUUGCAAAGAAGUACAAUGCAAAACCUGCAGAUAUUCCCCAAGCAUGGAAAAGAAUCACAAUGGAACAGGCGAAGAACAGUUUGAAAGAGUCGUUCAGCAUCAAAUAAACACUCUAGUAGUAGAUUUUACCAGUUGUAACUAUAAAAGAAUUCUGCUAAAUGUGUAGUAGAUUGAUGUAGUAUUAAAGGUGUGAAAUUCACAAGAUACUGCAUUCAAGUUAUUUUUCACCAAAUGGUUAAAAGUAGAAUUUGCAAUGAUGCUAAUACCCUUUCAGAAGAUAACUUAGAAAUCAUUCUAUCAUACUACUUUGUAAUUUUAUUUUUCAGUGGCUUACAUUACUUUAAUUCACUAGUAUUUAAAUAAGAUAUCGAUACCUGGAUUGUGAGAAGACAAAUUCAAACUGCAGACUUAAAUGAAUAGUUUGAUUAAAAAUCAAACUUACACAACCCUCCAUUUACUUCAAAUGUGGACAUGUUUGUCCAACUUUUGCUUGCACUGGACCUAUAAGCCUAACAUGGCUAACAAGACAGGGACUCUUAAGCCCACAGAUUAGUAUCUUGUAAACUGCAUGCUUAAAUCAUUGCACGUUGCUGAGUUAUUUCUCAAAAUCUUGACCUUUUUUAUGUGUUUUUAACAUUGGUAUCUAUAAAAAGGGACAAAAGUCACAUUAGAUAAAAAUGGAAAUGAAUCAUGUUUUUCCUAGGAAAUAAUUUGGUAUCACCACACACAAGCAUCAACAUUAGGAGGUGUGAUGGUGUAAGUGACUACCUUUGACAUUUACCUGUGUAAAACUGUUUUUAUUUUUCACCAAACUAUUAUUAAGAAAUAUGUUAGCUCGGUUUAGCAAAGAUAUAUCAAUUGAGCCCUCGCAGCAAAAAAACAAAACAAAAAACAAACAUAUCAGCCAUUUCCCUUUUUUG